CGGUCAUGUGAUCAGCUGUGUCCAAUCACAGCUGAUCACAUGGGACAUGUACACUGAUCAUCAGAGCACUGAUGAUCAGUGUGCCCUGAUGAUCAGUGUGGCCCCAGAAGUGCCACCUGUCAGUGUUCAUCAGUGCCAGCUGCCAAUACUGAACAGUGCCACAUCAAUGCCACAUAUCAGUGCCUACCAGUGCACAUCACAUCAAUGCCACAUAUCAGUGCCCAUCUGAGCUGCUUUUCAGUGUCACCCAUCAGUGCCAGUCAGUGCCACCCAUCAAUGCCAAUCAGUGCCACCUAUUAGUGCUGCCAAUCAGUGCCACCCAUCAGUGCCAGUCAGUG